AAGUAUAAGGUCAGGAGCAGCCAAGUCCCUCCUCUCACAGGAAGAAACCUGCUACAAACUUCCUGCAACUCUCCCGUACAACCUUCCUGCUCCUGAGAGCUCAACCACAAGCAUGACGACUCUCCUCCGCAGGCUGGCAGGGCCCAGGUGCUCACCGACGCGGUGGCUGGGACUGAUUCUGCGGGAAACGCACGGCCGACCUUCCGCUCUGGUCCCCCGCGACGGAUCGCGACCGCUGGCCGGAGGCAGUCGCCCUCUGACGGCGCACAGUGGCGCACAGAGCCGCGGGCAGCACACACAGGCGGCAGAUCCCGUGGAGGUGGAUUUGAAGCGGUUAGAGGGGGAAGACGAUGGGAUAGUGGAGGUGUUGAUGUGCCGACACAAAGCCAGAAACGCUCUGGGCCAUGUGUUUGUGUCACAGAUGAAGGAGCUGGUGUCCACUCUGUCCAGUGACUCAGCGGUGCAUGUAGUUAUCUUCAGGAGUUUAGUGCCAGGUGUUUUCUGUGCAGGUGCAGAUCUGAAGGAGAGGGCUCUGAUGAACGACGCUGAGUCUGAUCUGUUUGUUCACGGCCUGCGAUCCCUCAUGAGUCAGAUAGCAUCGUUGCCCAUGCCGACCAUUGCAGCGAUAGACGGCGUUGCUCUGGGAGGCGGGCUGGAGUUGGCCUUGGCCUGUGAUCUCCGCACUGCUGCCUGUUCUGCACAGAUGGGUCUGAUCGAGACGACACGAGGGCUGCUCCCAGGGGCGGGGGGCAGUCAGCGGCUGCCGCGGAUGGUCGGCAUCACUCUGGCCAAAGAGCUCAUCUUCACAGGUAAGCGUGUGGGAGGGCAGACAGCUCUGGAGAUGGGGCUCGUAAACAGAGCUGUAGAACAGAACCAGACAGGAGACGCUGCCCACAGAGAGGCACUCAGCCUGGCCAGAGAGAUACGGCCCCAGGCUCCGAUCGCUGUGCGGAUGGCGAAAGAGGCAAUGAACAGAGGCGUUGAGGUUGACAUGACAACGGCAAUGGCAAUAGAGAGGAUGUGUUAUGCUCGGGUCAUCCCCACACGGGACAGACAGGAGGGAAUGGCUGCCUUCAUAGAGAAGAGAGCCCCGCGGUACACUGGGGAAUAAACUCUUUUGAGCUAUUGAAUUUCUCUCUCUCUCACACAGACGCACACCGCUCUCCAUAUCCUCAUGUCUGACAGACAAUUAACACCCAUUGAUUGUGUGUUUGCAUCCCAGCCAGUGUCGAUACAUUAGUGAAGGUCAGCGUGAGCGUGCUGCCGUGAUGACUGUUUGCUUUUGUGACAUUCAGGAUGAGACUUGCAGAGGAGAUUGUUAUUUUAACAAACAAAUGACAGGAAAAAGUAUGUUUUUAUAUUCAUUCCAUACUUGUGAAUUUCUUCUCUGGAAUAAAAAGGUGACACAAGCAUCAUCUCCAGUUUAUGGGAAUGUACAUUCUUUAUUUCCAAACUUGAAAAUGUGACUCUCGGCAGCGACAUGGCACAGUCAUGGCAGACAUACAGUAGCUUGACUUUUUGUUUCUACCAUCUGAAUUGUGAGAAAUUAAACUGGCCGUGUUCCAGGGAGAUGUUCAGAGGCUCGAAUAAACAAUCCAAAACAUCAGGAGCGAGAACAGAUUCUGUGUAAUCUGCUGCUCUUUGCCCUCCUCGAAACUGAAGAGAUCAGCUCAGGACAUGUGCAUAAUUAGCAAGCUUGUACAACAGCUGAUUUACAGAAAACAAUAAGGCUGAAAUUCACUGAGCAAAUAAGGUGAUGGAUUUGCUUGUUUUAGAGUACUUUUUUUAUACUCGCCUGAUAUAUUCUCUUUAUUCCGUUAACAUACAAGUCUGCUGAAGCCAAAAUCCACUGUGCCUCAGAACUGUUGUAUCAGGGGUCUGACAGCAGUUCAUAUAAGCAGCAUUAGCUUUGACUGCAGAGAGAAAGACGCUGGGGCCUUAAUGAGAACCAAGACUGCUGAUGAAAAAGGAGAAUGUGGGCAUCGAGGUCAGCUCCUACAGAAAGUGGCUUCUGCAGAAUACCUAGUAAAACACCCUCCUGGUCCUGAUACUAACGUCACAUGUCCAGUCAUUUCAGAGCAGAAAUAUACUCUGAAAUAUUUCCAAUAACACCCCCACUCUCUUCAGGUAAACUGUGUUUCUUCUCUGUGUUUCCUUUGUUCUUAUCAUAAUUCUCAGAUAAACAAACAACGCAACAUUCUAGGCUUGGGCGGUAUCUAUAUUUUCAUACCUUCCUGACAUUUUACUGGGUCAUACGGUAUAUGAUGGUAUUUGUGUAAAACAAACAAACAAAAACAAAAAGUAAAAGCUGAGAUCCUGGUGACAGGAGUCAUUGUAGCAUGUCUAUCAGUCUAGCUUACAAUGCUGCGUUUCUGAAGUCCGGGUAAAUCAAAAGAGGACACUGAUCUGCCCGAAAAUACCUCGUUCAACAACCUAGUUCUUCUCAGUCUGCAACAGAAUAGUAGUUUUUUUAUUUAUUUUUUCAACAACAACAAAACUCAA